AUGGUAUCCCUCUUCCUAGUUGCUGUUGCGAUUUUCUCCUCAGUCGUUGCUCAUGGCCACGAUGACCACAAUAAUCAGGCUCCUUUGGAAUACGUUAGAUUCCCUUUCCAACCAGUUUAUCGUAGCUUAACCGGCGAAGUAACGGCGGACGCGAUUUUUUCUGGCAUCACGACAUUCGCCAAACUGCCAUGGGUUCAGUGUCUUACGAGAGAGAGCCACGUUCCUUUUGACAUCGCUUUCAUCGGAGCACCAUUUGACACCGGGACCAGUUACAGGCCCGGAGCUCGGUUCGGCCCAGCCGGAAUACGCGCAGGUUCACGUCGUUUGACGUUGUAUGGCGGAUACAACGUUCCUCUGCAAGUCAACCCCUUCAAUUCCGGUCUCAGGGUAGUAGAUUGCGGCGAUAUUCCUGUCACGCCGUACGACAACCAAUUUGCUAUCCAGCAAAUCGAGGAGGGUCACAAGGCAUUGCUUCAACGCGAAACUUUCUCUCCUUUGGGUAACGACUCGCUCACUGGGGAGAAACUCGUCCCCAUCUCUCUUGAUGGAGGGCACCAUCCUCGAAUUAUUACUCUUGGUGGCGACCACACCAUCGUCCUCCCUAUACUUCGCUCUAUUCACUCAGUCUAUGGCCCGAUUUCGGUCAUUCACUUCGACUCACACCUCGAUACCUGGAAGCCCUCCAUUUUUGGAGGAGCACCAUCAGCCCAGGCCGCCAUUAAUCACGGUACCUACUUUUAUUGGGCUAGCCAAGAGGGGUUAAUUAAGAACGGAACAUCCAUUCACGGAGCGAUCAGAACAACGCUCUCCAGCCUCGAGGACUAUGUAAACGACGACGCUUCUGGUUUUCAACGGAUUGAAGCUCGCGAAAUUGACACAAUUGGUACGGAUGGUAUCGUCAAGAAGAUACGAGACACAGUCGGCGAUAACCCUGUCUAUCUAUCCAUUGAUAUUGACUCCAUAGACCCUGCUUUUGCACCGGCUACCGGGACGCCGGAAACAGGAGGCUGGUCAACCCGCGAGCUCAGGACCAUCCUUCGAGGUCUUGACGGACUCCGUAUUGUGUCGGCUGAUAUCGUCGAAGUCGCCCCCGCAUACGAUACGAACGCCGAGCUCACUACUAUGGCUGCAGCGGAUGUGCUUUUUGAGGUACUCAGCGUCAUGGCGAAAACCCCGUUAGGUAAGGCUGUCGUUGGGUGA